CACACACGCACACACACAUGCUGUUACACAGUUCAAAAGUACCUUAAAUUACACAAGUGAGUCUCUUUACAGUGUUCAUGUUCUGGCACCACUAACUUUUUCUUCUGCUCACAACUUUGGAAACCAGCAACGCUGCGAGCGGUCUGCUAGCUUCCUGUCACCCCAGACAAUGCACACAGUUUACAGUCAAACAAGAUAAAGGCAAUACAUACUUCCUGUUUCAUCUGCAGCGUACGUUUGUAUAUUGCAAUUAAGAACCAUUGGUUACAUUUCAGCUAGCGUUGAUGAUCCUGAAUAUACAUUUCCAAUGGAUCUCCUUCUGAUGAAAACUUCACAACUGCUUUAAAGUACGAGUUUGACUGCACAAUUCUGCCUGAAACUGUGACACCAAGCCAGUGGGACCUUUCUACUCAACAGAGACUUUUCUAAAGCGGCAUGACUGACCCUGAGAACACCGGCAUGGCACCCUCCAAUCAGACUGUGCUGAUCCUUUUUUUCUGCCUAAUCGGCUUAAUUUCAUUGUUGAUCUUCUUGUACAAGAAGUUGAACAGGGAGGCCAAUGGAGAAUAUACUGUGCGCCGCUUGGUGUAUAAGGAAGGAGGGAUCAGGGACCGGGUGAGAGGUACAGCUUUAGCUCUAGGGACACGUUUCGGAGUCCAGCUGUGGCCUCAAAGUGAUUCCGGGGAGGAUGAAGAGGAAAUGCAGGAAGUCCGAUUUGAGGCUGUACAGUCGGAUGAGGGUGGUAGCCAGGGGAGUUACAGCGAGGGAGAUGACCAGGAGGAGGAGGAGAAGUCUGGAAAAGGAGGUGACACUUCAGAUGAUAACUCAAGUCUGGAGGGUUCGGAGGCAGGGGGGCAAGCCAGGCCAACAGAUCAGGAAGAGGCAAAGGGAGACACAGAGGAGAAAGUGGGAGAUGAGGAAGGUAAAGGUGAAGCAAGUGGAGGGGCUGGACUGUUGAUAGAUCUAAAGCCAUUCUCUGGUAGUGCCAUCUGGUCUGAGGAAGAGGGAGGUGAGGGCAAGGACAGUGAUAUGACUGCACUGUGAAAACAGAAUUUAAAAAGAAACAUUAAUGAGUCAUGAGUCCAAAUUCCCUAAUUAGCUGUUAAAAUAUGUUUUUCUGUAAAUUUUAUUUCCCAACAUAAAUGUGUAAAUGCUGUUCUACACUGUGUUGGCCUAAAAGUACCGGAGCCACCCUAUAAAACAAACAAGUUUCCAUUUGCAGGUUGCUAAAACCUCAUUAAUUCUCACUAAAAAACAUUUGUCCUCAAUGGUAGCUAUGGCUCUGGUCUUAAUUCCACUUCCUGUUAAAAAAGGUGAUUGAUGAAUGAAGUCGUUGUAAAUAUGCAGGAGUAGCCUACACUGGAUUGGAUUUUGAAUGUUUGUGUAAGAGUUUACCUUACCUAAAGUAAACCCAUAUCAGUAAAACUGGUCAAAUUAAAUGUUUUAUUACUGUGUCAGCGUAUUUCAUGCUGUAUAUUGUGGACUGUGGCAUAUGUUUUUUUACUGCUUUAAAUGUGUUUGUCUAAUUUACAUGAAACUUCAAAACAGAUAAACAAGACAGAUUUGACUGUUUUUGUAUUGUUCUUAAUGUCAAAACAAUUAGUCGAUUGAAUGAUUGUUCGAUCCCCAGAAAAGUUAAGUCAUUUUUAAGCAAAGAAAACAAAAUGUAAAAGGUUCCAGCUUCUCAAAUGUGAACUGAUGAUGAGUCAAACUUUCCUCAAGUUAGUUAAGGUAGGCUACUGUUAGUUAGCCUACCUUGCGUAAUGUGUAGUAAAAGUAGAUCAGUAGAAAUCAUUAUGUUGAAUGUACUGCAAAACUAUGACAUUAAGCUCUAUAUAUAGCUGUUAAAGGAUGUAAUUAUGAUACCAUGAAAUGAAACUACAAUAAAGUUUCUAACUCAAAACCAUUGACAUAGGCUACAUGUUUAAUGAAUAUAUUGUAUUGAAAGGCAGUUCAUGAACGGUUUUUUUUUUGAGACGUUGUACACUGUAAAAAAAAAUUAAU